AUGAUUCUUUCGGAAGAAGACACAGUUGUUCCAUAUGAUGAAUCCAAGCCUCUAGUGUUGGUGUGUGAUGCGUCAGAAGACGGUCUUGGGAGUGUCCUAAUGCACAAGUGUGAAGAUGGUCUGGAAAAACCAAUAGCGUAUGCUAGCAGAACUCUUUCAGAUGCUGAGAAAAGAUACUCGAAUAUUGAUCGAGAAGCACUUGCAAUUUUAUUUGCUGUAAGAAAGUUUCACCAAUAUGUAUAUGGACGAAGCUUCACACUUGUCACCGAUCAUAAACCCCUUCAAAGAAUAUUUGGAGAAAACCGGAAUCUUCCAAAGGUAAUGAACAAUAGGUUGGUGAGAUGGGCCCUCGAACUGAAUCAGUACAAUUUUCAAAUCAAGUACAGGAAAGGAGAUGAAAACGUUUGUGCUGAUGCACUAUCCCGUCUUCCCAUCAGAAUCAGAGAAGAAGCUACCGAUGUAAGAGACAUAAAGUUUUUAAACAUGGAUAAAGUUGAGACAUUGGUGUCCUAUAAGGAACUCAAACAUAACAGCAGUUUGGACAAGGAGAUAAAAUUAGUACAAAGUUAUGUGCUAAAUGCAUGGCCAGAGAAGGUACCAGAUAACAUUAAAACAUAUAAACAAAGGAAAGAAGAAUUAUCAGUUGAAGAUGGUGUUUUGAUGUGGUUUGGUAGAGUUGUUGUGCCAACAAAUAUGAGAAAAAAAAUCUUGAGAAUUUUGCACUGUGGCCAUCCUGGAAUUUCAGCUAUGAGAUCAAUUACGAGAUACUAUGUAUGGUGGCCUGACAUUGACAAAGACGUUGAAAUGCAUGUUAAGACUUGUGAAGCAUGUCAAGAAAACAGAGGAAACAUUGAAGAAGUCCCAGUCUAUCCAUGGAACAUUCCUGAAAAAGUGUGGGAAAGAGUUCAUUUGGAUUUAGCUGGACCAGUUGAUGGAGUAAUGUGGUUAGUAGGGAUUGACGCGCUAUCUAAGUGGGCAGAAGUUGAAUGUUUAAGAACAACGACUUCAACUGCCAUAAUUCAAAGAUUAAGAUCGUGGAUGAGCAGGUAUGGGAUACCAUCACAAGUAGUAACUGACAACGGGCCACAGUUUGUCUCUACUGAAAUGGAAGCAUUUUUCAAGAGACAUUCAAUUCGACAUAUAAGAACUACUCCUUAUCAUCCUAGAAGUAACGGCUUAGUUGAACGUCUAAUAGGGACUUUGAAAAGGCGUUACAGAACAACAAAACAAGAAAUUAAUGAUUCUUCAUUGGCAUUGCAAAAUGUGUUGUUCAGUUACAGAAAUGCCCCACAAAAAACAACAGGACGAGCCCCUGCUGAGUUGUUUCUUGGUCGAAGAAUGCCAACCAUGUUGGACAACAUGAAACCAAACCUUAGACAACAAUUAGAUCUGAAAAUUUGGAAGGAACAACAAAACCCAACUCAAAAGAAAACCUUAAGAGCAUUCAGUGAAGGGGAAGAAGUAUGGAUGAAAAAAGAGAAUAGCCCUGGUUGGAUAGCAGGAACAAUAGUCAAACGCAAUGGCUUAUACUCUUAUGAAGUCAUGUGUGGUGGAGUGAUAAAAAGAAAACAUUCGGAUCAACUGCGAAGAAGAGAAGGUGCGGUAGACGAUGAGGAGGGAAAAGUGUAA